UAUCUUGCCCGGUUGUACCUUCCCAUUCUAUUUAAUUUCUACUCUACUGGAACUACCAAAGCAGUGUCUAGCAUUGUUUAUUGGUAGAAAAACAGUAUCACUUUUUCAAGCUAUCUGGUAUAGCAUUUCGAUUCUUACCCCCCUUAUUUCUCCGUUCAGACAAGAACGCUCUAGAAACACCGAACUAUCGCCAAGUCUAACUAGUAGAAACUUCACGAUGUGUUUAGGUAUGUGUCCCGACGACUAUGAUGACCAUAGGCCCCAGCGACAGCGACGGGAUAGGCGUGCUCAUCUACCACGUUAUGAACGUUCUCCACGUCGGGAAGCCACUCGUGCAGCUCAGAACUACGGGUGGCCGCGCAACCAUAAUAUGAGUAACUCCUAUAAUUAUGGGCAACCUGGGAAUAGGGACUCACACGUCGAGCCCGAACUUAUGGAAGCUUUCGUUGGUCUCCCGGGUAGCGACCUCCGUCGCGUGUACGACCCGGAGCGCUCUCGACAAUCUACCCGGGACCAGUACUAUAGCCAGCCUUCCCAGUACCAGUACCAAUACCAAUACCAGUACCCCAACCAGCCUAGCCGCGCCGCUAUAUCGGAACACUCCCGGUUGAAGAACGUUCCGGGCGGGAGAGUAGAAGUCCAUCGGGACAACCUGCACCGGUACGGAAGUAUGCAUGGGAGCGUUCAUGGAGUAGUCCGUGAACAACCUAGGAUGUCCGAGACCAUGAACAUGAACCCCCGCCGGUACCAACAGACAUCCCGGGGUAUACGUCGGGGUUCUGUAGAUAGUAACGGGGUUAGCGAUAUUUCUAGCGAAGACGACAACGACGACGACAAUGACAGGAGAAGACUUGCCUAUACUCCCUCGCCGUUAGCUCAGAGAGGUAAUGAUCUCUACUCCCGCACGGGACAUGGCUAUGGACGCAAGGGCGCGUUCUAGAAUCUAAGAUAAUGCCGCGCGCUUAAGUAUUGUGAGUCUUCCCAAUAAUACAAACAGCUCCCGGCUACGUAGAGAAGAUAUCACUAUCACUAUACCCAGACACGAGUACCGAAAUAAGAAAUGCCUGUUUUAGCGAGCAUAGGUAGACAAUGGAUACGAUGGUUUGUUUUUCCCACGCUUAAUUAGACUAGAGGCAUGUCGCUUGGCUUUGCUCACUGACGACGAUGAUAAUAUACAGGUGAGCAAUAGUGAGGAGGAAUCCAGGGUUUA